AUGGUAAGCAUAGUGCAAUCAAUUGUGGACACGGCUACUUUCAGGGAUUUAUCGAUUUCCUGCUUGCACCUGCACGGGCCGUUGCAGCGGUCAUCAACUACGUUUCAGACGCUAUAUCUCCUCCACCGCCGCCUAAAAGGACCACAACGACAACGACCACAACGACCACAACAACCAUUGCGCCGCAAGUUCAAAGAGGUCUCACAAAACAACGUUUGCCUACCACUACCUACAAGCCUCCCACAAAUCCGCCGAUCACCACUGCCAUUCCUGAAGUGACGACAGAUUAUUCGAUGUCAUUUUUGAUAAUCAUCACCAUCUUCUUCCUUGCCCUCAUUGCUCUAUGCUGCUUCGGAAUCUACUUCUGUAUCCGAAGAUCGAAGAAGAAGAAGGCUGCUGCUGCUGCUGCCGCUGUUGCUGCUGAUGGAUCCGGAGCAACUGGAACAGGAACAUCUACCGCAUCCAUGGAUCAAGAGAGUGGAACUACGGGACGUUCUGGAACGACUACGGGGCGGACUGGCACAACCACUUCGGGAGGAGUUGGAAAGAAGAAAAAGAAGAGCAAUGCAAAGAAAGGAAAAAGUGGAACGAAUGCCAGUGGUGAGAUCUGAGCGUACCGAAUGAGGAAUGCUCAUUACUUGUUUGAAUUCCACUAAAAGUGUUGCCUUAUUCAUAAUAAAUUUGUUUGUUUUUAGUAUACGGGCAAUAGCUAAAGCAUUUUAUUAGCAAUCCGCUUUCCAAUGUCUCGUCAAACCCGUCCUUUCUCUAUUAUUUCUCGUGAUCGGCCGGCCUUUGACUAACCGUGACCACAACCUCAGCCUCAAUGUAACCGGACCUCGGCCUUUGAAGCCUCUAUAAAAAGGCGAAGGCUGAUCAGAGGAAGGCAUAAAACAGUCAAAAAUGUUUCCGGUAAGUACUUCUUCAUGUCCGCCUGUUCAAGAGUUCUCUUUUGCAGUUCAAUUGGAUUGGGUCCGCUAUCUCCACUGUUUCUGGGUGGUUCUCUUCACCGGCACCCACUCCAGCCCCGACGCCUCCUCCGACUCAGCCGACCGCCGGACCGACCAUUCUGUACACGACCGCCCCUCCGCCAACAACUACGGAGGUCUCUAGCACGGCUGUCUACAUCGUUUUCGUCUUUAUCAUUCUGGCCAUGAUCGCCUCUAGCGUCGGCAUUUUCUUCGUCAUCAAGAAGAAGAAGAACAAUGUUCCGAUGGCUGCUCCUGCUCAGGCCGGUCCGAUUGCUUCCGAUCUGGAGAGCGGCACUGGAACGACGGCGACGGGCACCACCGGCACCACGGGAACCAGCACAAUGUCGACCACGACUGGCGGAAAGAAGAAGAAGGGGAAGAAGGGAAAGAAGACGGGCGCUACGUCUGGAGCCUGA